CCCGCCGUCCUUCACCUCUUCGCCGCCAGAUCCCGCAGGGAGCCGCGGAGGGCGUCCGUAGCGACAGCAGCGGGAACUUCAUGUUGGUGUUGCUUAUGCCAGAAUAUAGUAAACAAGGCAAAUUAGCUCCAGCCUUGUGUAAACGUUUAAUUGGCCAACAUGAUGCAAUUGAGCAUGAAUUCCAGGUGGCUUUGGAAAUGAAAGAGAAUUGAGCACACUGGCUGGAAGCUGAACGUGAUGACGGCCUGGUCUAUGGUAGGCAAGCUGAAAAUGGAGAAGAGGCACUCCAGAGAAGACAGAAAUGUGGAACAAGACGCGGGAGAAUGCAGUGCUGAAUCUGAGGAAUGGACGAGCUCAGAAAGUGACCCUGAGCAACCAUACUUCAGAGGCAGUACUCAGUGGAGAGAAAAGGAGGUUUCCACCAAGCCACAUCGGCCGCUCUGCCGGUCCCCAUGUCUGGAUCGCCCAAGUUUUUCACAGAGCAGUAUCACACAAGACUUGAAGCUAGAUGAAUGCAAAACAAAUUUGGACAAGGAAUACCAAGCUAAAAUGGAUUUUGCUUUAAAGCUUGGGUAUGCAGGAGAUCAGAUCCAGGCUGUACUGAAUAAGCUGGGAGCAGAUGCGCUCAUCAAUGAUGUUCUAGCAGAGCUUGUGAGACUUGGCAACAAAAGUGAAUCAGAGGGACAAAGCACUGCCAGCAGUACCACUGGUACUCUGGUGUCAAGAGGCCCUUGCCCAAAGGAAAUAGCAAGCCCCGAAUUGUCACUGGAAGAUGAAGUGGUGGAUAACAGUGAUAACUUGAGGCCAAUUGUCAUUGAUGGAAGCAAUGUCGCUAUGAGCCAUGGGAACAAAGAAGGAUUUUCCUGCCGGGGAAUUCAACUAGCUGUUGAUUGGUUUCUGGAAAAAGGACAUAAAGAUAUCACUGUGUUUGUACCUGCAUGGAGAAAAGAACAGUCUCGACCUGAUGCACCAAUUACAGAUCAAGAAAUCUUACGUAAAUUGGAGAAAGAAAAGAUUCUUGUUUUCACCCCAUCUCGAAGAGUUCAGGGAAGAAGAGUAGUGUGCUAUGAUGAUCGAUUCAUAGUAAAACUUGCUUUCGACUCAGAUGGCAUCAUUGUGUCAAAUGAUAACUAUCGGGAUCUUCAAAAUGAAAAACCAGAAUGGAAGAAGUUCAUCGAGGAGCGGCUGCUAAUGUAUUCUUUUGUGAAUGACAAAUUUAUGCCUCCAGAUGAUCCUUUAGGACGUCAUGGUCCAAGCCUUGAAAAUUUCUUAAGAAAAAGGCCGGUUAUUCCUGAACAUAAGAAACAACCGUGUCCUUAUGGUAAAAAGUGCACCUAUGGGCACAAAUGUAAAUAUUACCACCCAGAACGUGCAAACCAGCCUCAAAGGUCAGUAGCGGAUGAGCUUCGAAUAAGUGCCAAAUUAUCUGCUGUGAAAACUAUGAGUGAGGGAGCUUUGGCCAAAUGUGGCACAGGGCCAUCCAGCUCCAAAGGAGAAAUCAGUUCUGAAGUGAAACGCAUUGCCCCAAAACGUCAGUCAGAUCCAAGCAUUAGGUCAGUAGCUGUGGAGCCUGAGGAAAAGUUAUCAGCAGCCCGGAAGUCCGAGGCCAGCUCUGUCCCGUCUCUGGUUUCUGCAUUAAGUGUACCAACGCUCCCUCCACCAAAAAGCCAUGCAGCUGGUGCAUUAAAUACUCGUUCUGCAAGCAGUCCGGUGCCAGGUUCCUCACAGUUCGUACAUCAGAAAUCCUCACUGGAACAUAUGUCCAGUGUGCAAUAUCCUCCUAUACUAGUCACCAAUAGCCAUGGCACCUCAGUUAGCUAUAUUGACCAGUAUCCCAAAUAUGAGUCACUGGGGGACCAUGGCUAUUACUCCUUACUCAGUGAUUUCUCCAACUUAAGCAUAAGUAGUAUCCGUAACUCAGAUUAUUACGGGGCUGAUAUGGACCAGGGGAUGUAUUCUAGAAACUCAAGCCCCUGUCCUGACAAUUGCUUAAGCCAUACAAGUAAUGAUUCUUAUUCCUCUUACAAUGACUUGUAUCUGGGUGUAGCAGAUGCCAGUCCAGAAGACAAUGUGAAGAGCCACAGACUGCCAUCGAAAAAUCGUCUUCAGCCUUUCCCUCAUGGUUACCAUGAAGCCUUAAAUAGAGGUCAGAGUUACGGAACUGAAGAGCCUAAGCAAUCCCUUCGCAAACAGUCAGUUUCCCACUUAGGCCUACAUGCCCAGCAUCCAGUUGUUGGAGCACGGUCCAGUUGUCCAGGAGAAUACCCUGUGCCUCAAAAUGUUCAUCCAUCAACUGCACAACCAAGCCGUGCCUUGGUGAUGACAAGAAUGGACAGUAUUUCUGACUCACGGCUUUAUGAGAGUAACCCUACAAGGCAGAGACGACCACCUCUGUGUCGAGAGCAGCACGCCAGCUGGGAUCCAUUACCGUGUGCAUCAGACUCGUACACUUACCACUCGUACCCACUGAGUAACAACCUCAUGCAGCCAUGUUAUGAACCUGUCAUGGUAAGAAGCAUGCCUGAGAAGAUGGAACAACUCUGGAGAAAUCCCUGGAUUGGGAUAUGUGGUGAGCCACGGGAACCUCAUAUCAUCCCGGAACAUCAGUAUCAAACAUACAAGAACCUCUGCAAUAUUUUCCCUCCAAGCGUUGUCCUUUCUGUGAUGGAAAAGAAUCCCCACAUGACAGAUGCACAACAGCUGGCAGCUAUGAUUGUUGCCAAAUUAAGAACAGGGCGUUAGAGCAGUACAGCCUCUUUUGGAUCAAUGAACCUGUACAGCACAUAGGACCCAGAGGAAAACUUACAUGAAGGAAGAGGCCAAUCUUUUGUAAAUAUUUUCUACUAAGAUAGUAUAAAGUUCUGUACACAGUAGCAAUCAUAUAUAUGCUGAGGCACUAUAUAAAAGUUGAUUGUAUUGCAAAUUUUAAGAUUUUAAAUAUAGGGAUUUUUAAUAGUAUUUUAUAGGAAAUGCAUACCUUGCUGCAUGGAUAGCUCACUAAGAACUAUAAUGUCACAAUCAGUGUCUCAAAGCUGUUACUACAAAAUUAGUGUUAGCAAUUAUAUUGCAUGUAUUAGUGUACACUUACAAUUUGCUUAUAAAUACCUAAUCGGCCUCUAAAAGUAUGCUCUAUACACACCCAGAUGACUUUUAGGGUUUCAGCUUUGUCAUUUGACACUGC